CACGGUUCUAGGACGGUUGCUGAUAGCGAGUAAAAUAAUAAUAUUUUUAUUACUUUAAAUAUUUUCAUAUUAUUGUUUAAUAGUAACUGAGUAUUUCUGUUUUUCUGCAAACACAUCACACCGUACAAUUCAUAGCUAUACGUUUUCCUGAACUAGAUAAUAUUUUUAAUCAAUUCAAGUAUGCGACCUGUAUGGUAAUUUUUCAUUGAGGGAGAACCAUAGAUUACUACUCAUUUGUUGUGAUUUAUGAGUUGUGAAUGAAUUAUAUUUCAAAAUGCACGACGUAUAUGAAGUUUCUAAGCUAUUGAAGUAUUCCGUUCAAAUUGAAAGUAUCACUGCUUAUGAUAAUUAUUUGUUGGUCGGCAAUCGUCAAGGACAUAUAUUUUUAUAUACUACCAGUCCUAGAGUACAAUUAGUUGACUGUAAUAAAACAUUCAGCAAAAGACCCAUUUUACAAUUAGCAGCUAUAUCAGAAUGCCAAAUAAUUAUAUGUUUGUCAGAUGAAAGAAUUAGUGUACUCGAUGUGUCUCGAGAUAAAGUAAUUCAUAUGAAAACAAAUGGCUUGCUGAAAACUAAAGGUGCUAGUUCAUUUACUAUUGAUGUAAAGACGCCAUUAGGAUUAACAGAUAAAUCCAAUAAUACUGUAGUCCGCCUGUGUGUUGCCGUUAAGAGACAAUUGCAAGUUUAUCAUUGGAAAGGGAGGGAUUUUUUGGAGCAUUCUGAAAAUAUCGAUUUGCCUGAUAUACCUCGUACAUUAGUGUGGUGCGAUCAAACAGUAAUAAUUGGCUGUAAAAAUGAAUAUUAUUUGUUUGAUGUCACCAUGGAACAAGUGAAACCUUUGUUUUUAACUGGAAAAAAUCAAGAACCUAUUAUAACCAAAAUAUCUGACACUAUGUUUGGUAUUGUUAAAGAUUCUCAUCUUAUUGUUAUGAGUACAUCAGGUGAUAUAGCCGAACAGCAAACUAUUAAAUGGGUGGAUACACCAUCUAUUAUUUUAUAUGAUGAACCUUACUUAAUAGCUAGUAUAGGUGAUAAAUUAUAUGUACAAACUAUUGAGUCUGGAGAAAAUUCAGUUGCGCGUCAAAUAAUAUCAACCACAUCCAAAACUAUGAAUAUGUUUACUUGUCAAAAUGGUUUAAUUUAUGUUUCAUCUACACUAGAUGUCUGGUGUUUAAAAGCUGUUCCUUUUACUAGACAAAUCAAAAGACUUCUCGAAGAUAAAGAUUUUCAACUAGCUCUAAAAUUGGCUAAUAUAUCUGAUGAAUCAGUUGAUGAUAAAGAAAAAAAUGUUUCUCAAAUUAGAACAUUAUAUGCUAAUGAUUUAUUUGAAAAAAAGAAGUAUCAAGAAUCAAUGAGGGAAUUUUUAAAGUUAAAUACUGACCCGUAUGAUGUUAUAAGAUUAUUUCCCAAUUUAUUACCUCAAAGUGAUUCAGAUUAUGGGGAAGAAAUUCUUGAAAAAGAUAUGGAAAUGAAAAUUGUUGCAUUAAUUGAAUAUUUAACAGAAGUGCGUUACAAUCUUUUAAAAGAACCCAAUAUCAAAAAACAAUCAAGUGUUCUUGAAAUCAAUAGUAAUCAUCAAGAACAGUUACUUCAAAUUAUAGAUACUACAUUGCUAAAAUGUUAUUUGCAAACUAAUGAUGCUUUGAUAGCUCCUCUUUUAAGACUGAAUCAUUGUCAUUUAUUAGAAACUGAAAUGACCCUAAAAAAGUACAAAAAAUAUAGUGAACUAAUAAUUUUGUACCAAACUAAAGGAUUACACAGUAAAGCAUUAGAACUCCUUCAAAAACAAUCUGAUUAUUCUGAUUCUAAUCUCAAAGGACCUGAGAGAACUAUCCAAUACCUACAAAAUAUUGGUUCAAAUAAUAUUGAUAUCAUUCUUCAAUUUUCGGAUUGGGUAUUAAAUAAAUAUCCAGAAGAAGGACUUACUAUAUUUACAGAAGAUGUUGCUGAAGUAGAAAAUUUACCUAGACCUAAAGUAUUAGAUUUUUUGAUUAGAAAUCACAAAAAUUUGAUUAUACCUUAUUUGGAACAUGUAAUACAUGUUUGGAAUGAUACUAAUGCAAUUUGUCAUAAUGCUUUAAUACAUCAAUACAGAGAAAGACUUCAACAAUACAACAGCAAAUCAAUGCUGGCUGAUGAACAAACUGCACAAAAUACAAAAACAAAACUUUUGGAAUUUUUAGAACUAUCCAAGUAUUAUACUCCAGAAACUGUAUUAGUACAUUUUCCAUUAGAUGGAUUUUUUGAGGAACGUGCUAUAGUGUUGGGUAAACUUGGUCGUCAUGAACAAGUUUUAUCGAUGUAUGUUACUGUACUGCACAAUGUAGACAGAGCAAUUGAGUACUGUGAUAAAGUUAAUAAAUCCAAAAAUGAAGACUCUGAUCAAAUAUAUGUAACAUUAUUGAGAUUGCUUAUUGACCCUCCGGACAGUUGGUUAGCUGGAUUGGGUAGUGUUUCAAAACCAGCUCCUAAUUUAGAGAAAGUCAUAGAAAUUUUAAAUAAAAAUGCUGCUCAAAUUGCAACUCAAAGUGUAUUAAAAGUGUUACCUGAUGAAAUACCAGUGCAUCGUAUAAGCAAUUUUUUAGUUAUCUCUUUAGAUAAAGCUAUUAGCGAUAGAAGACUUUAUCAAGUAAACCGUGGACUACUAUAUGCAAAACUUUUAAAAAUUCAACAACAAAGGAUAUUUUAUGAGUCACAAAAUAUUACUUUAACAGAAUUCAAUAUAUGUGGAGCAUGUAAAAAACGUUUUGGAAAUCAAAGUGCCUUUGUAAGAUGCCCAAAUGGCGAGAUUGUUCACUAUUCAUGCCAUAAUCACAAAGCAGACAAUUAAAACAAAAAAUUAAGAAUUAUAAAAUGUAUAUUUAUUGUGUUUGUUAAAAAAAAAUGUAAAAAAAGUUA